AACUUCGACUCCCGUGGCCUCAGUCCUCAUAUUCCUGAGCCGAGUUAGAAAUUAAUUAGAAUUUACAAUUCCAUUGAACAAAUUGUAUUCUGAGAAGAAAACAAUCAAGACAUCAGCUUUGUGACGAUGGAUAGCGAAAAUGACGAACUUGCAAUUCUCGAAAGUAAACAUAGAAAAGAAAAGAAAGAGCUCCAAGCACAAAUACAAGCACUGAAAAAAGCUGCUAAAAAUGAUAAAACAAAAAAGAAAGAGCUUACAGCAGAAAUAGCAAGGUUAGAGGCUGAAAUGGAUGCUAAACAUCAGCAAGAAUUAGAUUCUGCUAACAUAGCUGUAGAUGAGGUUCCCGCCGAUUCAGUCCCAACUAUUGAAAAUGAAAUGGCAAGGGUAAAAAUUUCAAAGGCCCAAAAACGUAGGGACAAGAAAUCGCAACAGGAAAAGGAAAGGGAAGAACAAAUAAAACAGCAAGAACAAGAAAAUCUUCAUGGCCCUAGAAAUACUGAACUUCAAGGAAUAAACACCAAGUUAAAAGAAAGGAAACUAAAGAUUUUCUCUAUUCCCUCUGAUGGUGAUUGCUUGUACAAAGCCAUUGCUCAUCAAAUGGCUGUAAUUAAGCAGAAAGACAUAUCUGUAGAUGAAUUAAGGGAAAGUGUAGCAAAAUAUAUAAGACAAAAUAAAGAUGAUUUCAUUCCCUUCAUGAGCAACCCGGACACAUGUGAAAUGUUAACUAGUGAAGAGUUUGAGGAAUAUUGUAACAAAAUAGAGAAUACUAAGGUAUGGGGUGGUCAGUUGGAAAUUAGAGCUUUGUCAAAUAUUCUGAAAUGUCCUGUAACUGUCAUACAGGCAACGGGACCAGGCUCUAUUGAUCAGGGGGCAGAACAUGAUGGGCCACCACUGAUAAUAACAUAUCAUAGACACAUGUAUAGACUAGGUGAACAUUACAAUUCAACUGUUCCUUAUGAAGGUGACAACUAGUUUGAAUCAACAAAACAUGAAUAUUAUACACUCUUUUGCAAAAAAAACGGGCACCUAUGCGAAAUCUAGGUUUUAAGGACUUCACGUGUAUUUCAAAGGGUUUUAAUAACUGUAGGAUGUUACUAGCAUCAAAAGGGUUAGCCAAGCAUGCGUGAGGGUGUAUUCUAAAUUUGAAUUUUGUAGAUUUGCUAAGAAACUGGUUACACGUUGUUUUGGACUGAUUCUUGGUAGAAAGUUCGUGGUCGUUUUGAAAAGUUUUUGAGGUGAUUUUCAGAAAACUGAUAAUGCACUUUUUAUUAAUGAUUAAUGUACCUUCCUGUUACAUCAAAAAAAUUUUGAAAAACUACACGUAUUUGAUAAAAUGUGCACCUGCUCUAAACAGUCUAUGCUGAUGAUUGACGGCAAUGUUACGAGUUUCGGUAUUUUUGUGUAAAGCAUUCUAUUGUUCAGAUAUUGUACCCACGCGGUUUAAAAUAUCCCUUUCUCAUGAAUAAACAUAAUUUAGAGGAGUAUCAGUACUUUGGGCUGCGACAAAGCCAAUUUAAAGUUAGCAAUGCCGUUUACAACUCGUCUCCUAUCACACUUUGACAUCUAAAAAAUACCAAAUUUUGUUAUAAAUGUUAAAUUAACCAUAUGAAAAAUGACGAGGAGGGUCAAAGCUAUCCAAAAAGUCAAAUUAUUGCCGCGUUGAAGCUCUCGAUAACUCCAUAGGUGUCGGUUUACUAAACGAUGAUUUAGCUGAAAGGGAGUCAUGAAUUCCUUAUUAUUGGCCAAACGUAUGUUUCUUAAAAAAAAAUAUCAGUUUGCGAAUUAUUGUUAUGAUUUAAGCAGGAAAGUGCUGUAGAUACCAGAAAACCUCGGAGCAAACAUGUUUAUUUAAUAAAAUGUCCCUGGGAUGAAAACCCGCUCUUUGAACGCUCAGACUCAUAGAUCUUCAGAGGUCUACGGGGUUUCCCAAGAGGCAAGGUUAUUUAAAAAUCAGUGAUUACGUGGCCUUAAGACCUCAUGCUCAUAGUCUAUGCACUAUUUUCUGUAUUUUCUAGAAUUUCAAGACUUUUGAAAAUGUCAAAGUCUGAUAGGAGACGAGUUGUGAUCGGCACUGCUUACUUUAAAUUGGUUUUGUCGCAGCCCAAAGUACUGAUACUCCUCUAAAUAGUGUUUAAUUAUGAAAAAGCGAUAUUUUAAAACACGUUGGUACAAUAUGUAAACAAUAAAACGCUUUACACUAAAAUACCGAAACUCUUAACAUUGUCAUCAAUCAUCAGUAUAGCCCAUUUAGAGCAGGUGAAAAUUUUAACAAAUACGCAUAGUUUUUCAAAAAUGUUUUGAUCUAACUAAAAGGUACAUUAAUCAUUAAUUAAAACUGCAUUAUAAUUUUUCUGAAAAUCACUUCAAAAACUUUUCAAAACACCGACGAACUUUCUGCCAGCAAUUAGUCCAAAACAAGGUUUAACCAAUUUCUUAGCAAUUGUACAAAAUUCAAAUUUAGAAUACACUCUCACGCAUGCUUGGCUAACCCUUUUAAUGCUAGAAAUAUACUACAAUCAUUAAAACCCUUUGAAAUACACGUAAAGUCCUUAAAACUAAGAUUUCGCAUAGGUGCCCGCUUUUUUUGCAAAAGAGUUUAUUAGGUAUUAAAAUAGUAUCUAACAACUCCCAUGACUUACCAGCCUUCAUUUUAUUGCAUUUAUAAAAUAAAUGAAAAUUGUAAAUAGUCUGUGUAUGUACCUACUCACAUUUCUGGUAAAUUAUUUUUAAUAAAUAAUAUUGUUUACAA